GCCAAUGAAAAUGCACAAAAGCGUGAAGGAGAGAGAGGGAGAGAAAGGACUCAGCCAGAUACAAAGAGUGAGCCAAAUCCCACACAAACAGACACAACACAAGUUGGAGAACGGAAAGGCGGUCACAUUUCCAACUCACCUGCAAACGUGAUUGAUGUGGGUGUUUGUAUCAGUGGGUGUGUAUGUCAUGCCUGACACUCCGUUCACGGAUAUGCUGACUCUACUUUCUUGGAAUUCAUGAGAAUCGUUUAAUCUUCGCUCGUGCAACAUCGCAUGCGCUCGAGCUGAGGCGCAGUAUCCAGAGCGCAGAGGGCAUCCAGGUAUCUUUGGGGAGUCCUGCCUGUCUGACACACCUCUGUCAGAAACGAACUGAGCACUGAGAGAGACACCUGCCUACACUUUACUGGGAACAACUUCACGCGCACUGGACGCGUUUCCAUCACUGCUUCCCAAAUUUUUUUUUGCGCUCCAUGGAGCAGGUGUUUUACACAAAGCUGUUUCUUGACUUUCUCACCUGUAUUCAAAAGACUUUUGCUCCAGUCUAGUGACAUUCACUGACGUCUGUCUUCAAGUUCAUUUUAUGUCAUCGACAUCAACAAGAGACAUGGACAACAGCCCUGGUGGCGGAGGUGGAGUCAUCUUGUAUGCAGGUUCCUCUGGCAGUGCCAGUCCCAGCCCUGGCAGUCCUUCCAGUGGGUACCAGACGCAGUCACCCUCUUCGCACUCCCAGCCCUCAUCUCCAGAGGAGGUUACCUUAACAGAGAUUGGGCCACUGAAACAGAGGGCAGCUGGGUGCACCACCCCAUCCUCCAAACUGAUAUUCCAGUUCCCAGAGGUCUACAGCAGCCCCUCGGUAGCAGCCACUCCACAGCAUACCUACGCACACCCCAUCGCAGGAAAGAGGCCGUGCGGUUUCCCGGGAACUUUCACCAAAACAGGUGGAAUGGUCCUGCUUUGCAAAGUCUGCGGGGACAUAGCAUCUGGCUUCCACUAUGGAGUGCAUGCAUGUGAAGGUUGCAAGGGUUUCUUCCGCCGCAGCAUCCAGCAGAACAUCAACUACAAGAUGUGUGUGAAGAAUGAGAACUGUCUGAUCAUGCGCAUGAACCGAAACCGUUGCCAGCACUGCCGCUUCAAGAAAUGCCUCUCUGUUGGCAUGUCAAGAGAUGCUGUACGUUUUGGCCGCAUCCCUAAGAGAGAGAAGCAGCGACUUCUGGAUGAGAUGCAGAGCUACAUGAACAGUCUAAAUGAGUCGGCCGCCAUGGACAUGGACUCAUCUUCGGUGAGGGAUGCUCCCCCCAGCCCAGAAGAUGGCAACUCAAAAGAGGCCAUUGGGGCCAUCUCCAGAGCCUACCGUGACAUCUUCACCAGCAGCAACACCAGCAGCCAGGAGAGAGUAGCCAAGAGGGCUAACAUCACCACCAACAAAAACACAUCUCCCUUUUCUCAGGAUGCCAAUUUCCCUCAAGUCUCAUCUCACCCCAACUCCGCCCAGAGUUAUCAGUCUUGCCCUGUUGCCCCUGCCACUCUAUGCCCAGUUGUCCCUAAUGACAACCAACCUACAUUCCACAAUGUGGAUAACAAUCGCUACACCUACUUAGUGUCAACAAACCAGAACCAUCACCAGUCUAAUGGAACAACACCUCAAAGGGGCAGCUCUGCCGAUCAUAACAGUUUUCGCAACGCAGGAAGUGCCACAAAUCAGCCCUCCUGCCCAUGGAAGUUAGCUCAGGGAGCUAAAGUGCUGGCCUGUCCUCUCAAUGCGUGCCCUGUAUCAGGGGUAGAGCGUACGAGUCAAGAGAUAUGGGAAUCAUUCUCUCAUUGUUUCACUCCUGCUGUCAAGGAGGUUGUAGAGUUUGCAAAGGGCAUCCCAGGAUUUCAAGAGCUUAGCCAACAAGACCAGGUCAUGCUGCUCAAAUCAGGCACCUUCCAGGUUCUGAUGGUGAGAUUCUGCACAUUGUUCAAUGCUGAGGAGCGUACGGUGACCUUUCUAAAUGGCCAAACUUACCCCCUGUCUACCCUGCGGGCUUUGGGCAUGGGUUCCCUGCUGGACGCAAUGUUUGAGUUCAGUGAGAAGUUGGGUUCCCUGAGGCUAGAGCCUGAUGAAAUGGCUCUCUUCAUGGCUGUGGUGCUGGUCUCUGCAGACCGUUCUGGGAUCUCGGACAUGUGGGCUGUAGAGCAGCUCCAAGAGGGUCUGAUUCGUGCCCUACGGUCACUGAUUACCCAACGUCGUCCAGAUGACACCGCCCUCUUCCCCAAACUCCUCCUGCGCCUGCCGGACCUGCGCACCCUCAACAAUCUGCACUCCGACAAACUUUUGGCCUUUCGCAUUGACCCUUGAGCAGGCCACUUGUUCACAGAGCACACAGACAAACUAUUUUACACAACAUAUACAGUACGACGCACGCGCGCGCGCACACACACACACAUUAUCUUCCGAGGGCACGACCUCCUUUAAAAUUGAGGAACAAGGAAUAUUGCAAUCUGAGGAGUGUUUCUCAAAAGGAUAAAUGAGGGCAGUGGUAAGCCUACUUUUGAUUCACUAUUAAUCUUCAUGCAAUGCUUUGGGACAAAUGAGCAUACACAUACAAACUCAUGUAUACACUUAAACCUCAACACCUCUUGAAAGACAAUGUUCCAGUAAAAAAAUAAAUAAUUCUGUAGAGUUACUAUUACCCUUUUGGACAGAUCAUUUGUGCAUUUGUUCAUUAUCCAGCAUACUUAAGAAUAAAAGCCAGUUCACUUCUGUUUAUUCCUUAAAUCAUACAGUAUAAACAGGCCAUCACUAAGCUGCAGCUGAGACGGAUAUCAUAGAUUUAAACAGUUAUUACUUAGGGACCAUUAGUGAUGAUUGACUUCAUGUCAGUUUGUGUUUAAGAGAAAGGGAACCUGUAUAUAAUACAUAGCAAAAUCUGAAAUUUUAAGGUAAUUGUGUAUCACUGUUUCACAAACAUGCCAUCUGCAUUAGCACUGGAAUGAGACCACUAUUUUAAUGUGUCACUUGUGCACAAUUUUGACUAAUCUUCCAGAUAACAUUUGACACACCUUGGGUUUCAACAUGCCAACUUCAUUAGUCAAUGGUAUUUUCUAUGAUUUCACAAAAACAUUGUGUCUGCGUAUAUUGUAUCACAUCUGGACAGAUGGAGUUGCUCCAUGCAUGUUGGGUUUUGUAGUUCCUUUGUUGAUUUUUGUUGCUGUAAAUAUUAUUUUACCCCAAUGUUAUGUAUCAAUGACUGAACUGAUAUAUAUAAUGGAUCGGACAGAUGAGUUCGGUGUGAAGAAGAAUGUACUGACCUUCCUGUACUAGAUGGGGGUUUGGCCAUGCCAAUGGGGCUUUUCACAGGAGAAUAAGUAGUGGGGAUUCUCAGACGGCUUAGACACACUUCCUGCUAUCAGAUGAUGUAACCAACCAGCAUAAUCCCUGAAAUCACCAGCACUCACUCCACAUCCACCCCUCCUCUGCCCCCAAUGUUUGUCAUACAAACACAAGAGACAUUUUUGGGUGAGAGAUCUUGUUUGAUUGGUCUUCUCACUGUUUGCUUGUUUGAUUAUGGCUGAUCGAGCACAUC